AUGCCACAAAAGAUUGUGGUCGUCGGCGCAGGGCCCGUGGGCUCUCUCGCUGCUCUCUACGCUGCAGUCCGUGGACACGAUGUCGAGAUCUACGAGUUGAGAUCUGGUGAGCUGCAAGGAACUGGGCUCAACAAGACCCUGCUUGACCACCUCAACUCGAUGCCCAAUGUCACUUUUUUCUUCCAUCGCAAACUUGUCAGCGUAGACUUCCGGAAGAAACUGGCAUGGUUUGAGAAUCGCACCAAAACCGAUCCGGCGAAGAGCGACGACAUAGAAGUGAGCUUUGACCUAAUGAUUGGUGCAGAUGGCGCACACUCUGCUGUACGCUACCACUUGAUGAAGUUCGUACCCAUGUCUUACCAGCAAGAAUACAUCGACAAACUAUGGUGUCAAUUUCACGUACCACCUUCGGAUAAAGGAGACUUCAGGAUCCCUCCUAAUUACCUACACAUCUGGCCUCAAGAUGACGCCAUGUUCAUUGCGCUGCCAAACCUGGACAAAAGUUUUACCUCGACCUUGUUCCUAACACGAUCAGGCUUCGAAGAACUGGUUGCAUCAGGGAAAGUUGUUGAGUACUUCGACGAGAAGUUUCCUGGUGUGGUACCGGAACUUAUCACUGAGGAUGAGCUCCGCAAGCAGUUCAACGAACAUGACCACUUUCCACUCAUUUCGAUCAAGUGCUCGCCCUACCAUUUUGGAUCAACUGGUGUUAUUGUUGGAGACUCUGCUCAUGCAAUGGUCCCGUUCUAUGGACAAGGAAUGAACGCAGGCCUAGAAGAUGUCCGUGUGCUCUUCGAGAUCCUUGAUAAAUACCCGGGUGACCAGGCGAAAGCGCUGAGCGAGUAUUCGGAACAACGUACACCAGACGCCCAGACCAUCAACGACCUUGCGCUUGGCAACUAUCGUGAGAUGGCGUCCGACGUCAAGAAGCCACUAUACCUAUUGCGAAAGUGGAUCGAAGAAAAGCUAUACAUCUAUGUUCCUAGUGCCGGUUGGGCCACUCAAUACUCCAGGGUCACUUUCAGCAACAUGCGUUACUCAGAAGUUCAAGCAGCCGCACAACGACAAGCCAAGAUUCUCAAUGGCAUCGUGGGGGUAACAACUUUAUCGCUUAUUGGAUCAGCAGCUUUGUGGCUCGGUAGGACCGGAGGCCUGCAGCAGGCAAAGCAAAAUAUUUUAAGGUCGAUCUGCCUGCUUGCACAACAAGCGCAGAAAGUCACGAAAGGAUGA